CUCCAGCAGGUCAAGCAUCCACCCCAUCCAUCAAGCAACAACAUCGCACUUCUUCUUGCCCUCCACUUGGCCUUGUCCACACACUGACUUUGACAACGAUGAUUGCUCUCAAGCACGAGCGCCUUUUCGGAAACGGUCUUUCUUCCCCCUCGUGCUCUUUCAUGAUUAGACCGCCAUUUAUGCUUUGUCAAGUCAGGCUACAACAUAAGCUCUGGUUCCCAUGCUAGUUCCACCACCAAUAAACCAUGCAGACACACCAUUUCUCCAACAGGGGACACAGCAAGAUAUUGCACAUACCUUCCCUUGCUCUUGUGUUGUUGAUCUGCUUGGUCUCUCCUACAAGUUCCUGCACCGAGCAGGAGAAGGCCUCCCUCCUCCAGUUCCUCGCCGGGCUUUCACAAGACGGUGGCCUCGCUGCGUCCUGGCAGCAUGCAACGGAUUGCUGCCAGUGGGCAGGGAUCACCUGCAGGCAAGAUACGACGAUCACCGAUGUCUUGCUGGCUUCAAAGGGCCUUGAGGGGCACGUCUCAGAGUCCCUUGGGAACCUAACAGGGCUGCAGCACCUUAACCUCUCCCACAACUCACUCUCCGGUGGUCUGCCACUGGAACUGGUAUCAUCCAGCAGCAUCCUUGUCCUUGACAUCAGCUAUAAUCAGUUCAACGGAACACUGCCAGAGCUGUCAGCUUCGACCCCUGCCCAGCCACUCAAGGUACUCAACAUCUCAAGCAACUUCUUUACAGGACAGUUCACAUCCACCAAAUGGAAGGGAAUGGAGAAUCUGGUCGCGCUCAAUGCCAGCAACAACAGAUUUACUGGGCAGGUACCAACUCAUUUCUGUAACACCUCCCCAGACAUCUCUGUGCUUGAUCUGUCUUUCAACCGCUUCAGCGGCAGUCUCCCCCAAGGCCUUGGUGAUUGUUCAAAGAUGAUAGAGCUCAGGGCAGGGUACAACGACCUCAGUGGAACUAUCCCAGAUGAACUCUUCAAUGCUACUUCGUCGGAAUACCUGUCUCUUUCUAACAAUCAUUUGCAUGGAGUUCUUGAAGACGCACACAUAUUUAACCUCAGAAAUCUGUCUACCCUUGAUCUUGGAGGGAACAAUCUCAGUGGUAAGGUUCCAGAUUCCAUAGGCCAGCUCAAGAAAUUGCAGGAGCUCCAUUUGAACAACAACAAUAUGUCAGGGGAGCUGCCAUCGGCUGUGAGCAAUUGCAUAAAUCUGAUAAUAAUUGACCUCAAGAGCAACAAUUUCAGUGGAGAACUUGCCAAUGUGAAUUUCUCCAACCUGCACAACCUAAAAACUUUAGACCUUCUGUACAACAACUUCACCGGGAAAGUUCCAGAAAGCAUAUACUCUUGCAGCAAUAUGACUGCACUGCGGUUAUCUGGCAACAAAUUACAUGGGCAGCUUUCACCACGAAUAGGUGACCUGAAGUACCUCACAUUCCUGUCACUUGGUAAAAAUUCUUUUAAAAACAUCACAAAUGCACUUCACAUCCUUCAGAGCUGCAGGAACCUUACCACCCUGCUUAUAGGGCAGAAUUUCAUAGGAGAGCACAUGCCAGAGUUAGAGAAAGUUGAAGGUUUUGAGAAACUUCAGGUUUUGGACAUUGGAGGAUGCCCAUUGUUUGGAAAAAUGCCUCUUUGGAUAUCAAAUCUAGCAAAUUUAGAGGUGUUAGUCUUAUCUAACAAUAAACUCACUGGAUCAAUACCAGCCUGGAUCAAAGCCCUAAAGCACCUCUUCUAUCUAGACGUAAGAAACAACACCCUCACAGGGGAAAUUCCAACAAUAUUGAUGGAUAUGCCAACGCUAAUGUCAGAGAAUAAAGAAGCUCAUUUGGACCCCAGGCUCUUCGAGUUGCCUGUUUAUAAGAGCCCAUCACUCCAAUACCGCAUACCCAUUGCUUUCCCUAAAGUGCUGGAUCUAAGCAACAAUAAAUUCACCGGUGAGAUACCUCUGGAGAUUGGUCAGUUGAAAGCUGUCCUUUCACUCAAUUUCAGCUUCAACUACUUGACAGGACGGAUUCCACAAUCAAUAUGCAAUCUAACAAAUCUGCUGGUGCUAGACUUGUCCAGCAACAAUCUUACAGGUGCAAUCCCAGGUGCAUUGAAUAGUCUGAACUUCCUUUCAGGAUUCAACAUUUCUAACAAUGAUCUAGAAGGCCCUAUUCCAUCUGGAGGGCAGCUUAAUACAUUUCCGAAUUCUAGUUUUGAUGGGAAUCCAAAGUUGUGUGGCUCUAUGCUCACCCACAAAUGUGCAUCAGCUUCAACACCUCUAGUCUCCCAAAAUCAAAGAAAUAAGAAGGUUAUUUUUGCAAUCACAUUUAGUGUGUUCUUUCGAGGCAUUGCUAUUCUUUUGUUGCUGGGGCGUCUCUUUGUCUCAAUCAGGAUGAAGGGUGUUACAGCAACAAGUCAAAGGGGGAAUAAUGGAGACGUUGAUGCAUCUUCAUUCUACUCCAGUUCAGAGAAAACAUUAGUGGUGAUGUGGAUGCCACAAGGCAAUGGAGAAGACAACAAGAUCAACUUUAGUGACAUUUUGAAAGCCACGAACAACUUUGACAAGGAAAACAUUAUUGGAUGCGGAGGUUAUGGCUUAGUCUACAAGGCAGAACUACCUGAUGGCUCCAAGCUGGCAAUUAAAAAGCUCCACGAUGAAAUGUGUCUGAUGGAAAGGGAGUUCAGGGCAGAGGUUGAUGCACUCUCCAUGACACAGCAUCAAAAUCUCGUACCACUAUGGGGUUACUGCAUCCAGGGAAACUCAAGGCUGCUCAUAUAUUCCUACAUGGAGAAUGGCAGCCUAGAUGAUUGGCUUCAUAACAGGGAUGAUGACGUUAGCUCAUGUUUUGACUGGCCAACUCGGCUCAAGAUCGCACAAGGAGCAAGCCUGGGACUUUCUUAUAUCCAUGAUGUCUGCAAGCCUCAGAUUGUCCACCGUGACAUCAAAUCCAGUAACAUCCUACUGGACAAAGAAUUUAAAGCUUAUGUUGCUGAUUUUGGGCUAGCCAGAUUGAUUGUUCCCAACAGAACUCAUGUUACAACUGAGUUGGUCGGCACUAUGGGUUACAUCCCCCCUGAGUAUGGGCAAGCAUGGGUUGCUACCUUGAGAGGUGAUAUAUACAGUUUUGGAGUAGUCCUGCUUGAGCUGCUCACUGGAAUGCGACCUGUUUCAGUCCUAUCUACAUCAAAAGAACUUGUCCCAUGGGUUCUACAGUUGAGGUCUGAGGGCAAGCAGAUUGAGGUCUUGGAUCCAACACUUCGAGGAAUAGGAUACGAAGAGCAAAUGCUGAAGGUGGUUGAAAUCGCUUGCAAGUGUGUCAAUCAUAAUCAAUUCAGGAGGCCAGCUAUGAUGGAAGUAGCCUCCUGCCUGGCCAGUAUAGACGAUGACCAACAGAUGCAAAGAACAGCCAAGAUAGAAGGAACAACACAUGAUAGAUAAUGUAUUUUCGUGCACAAUGUACAUGUACUUUCUUAGUUUCAUACAACUACUACUUCUGAUAAUCUUAGAGAUUUAUGUUUGUACUCUGUACAGAGCCGCGCAGGUUGCCAUUUUCAGCUUUAUACGUUCUUCUUUAAGGAAAGAUUUUUAUAAAAUCCAUCAUCCUUUAAUAUUAUUUUUGCGAGGACCUUUGGAUGUCCCUCUAUAUACGUAUUAUACUAUAUGUUUUAUGUUUCACAAGCAUGAG